ACAAAAAAGCUUACUUCCUUAAUAUAAGCUCUACAGAAUUAGUCCACCCAAAUUCACUUUCCAUAAAUAGUUCGACAGAGCAUACAAGACUUCGAUUCUCAUCCAUUUUUCACUCUACCUCUUAUACCUAUUUAUAUCACUUUCUGAUUUGGCUACUUAGUUGCCCAUAAAGUGUUUGAUUAAUUGCUUGAAUGAAAUUCUGAGCAAAUCUAAGUGUUUGAUUUUGUUUGUAUUACAUCAUAUUUGACGAGCCUUUUUUAGUGUUUGAUUGAAUUAAUUCGAGCGACAAAGGGCUGAAUAUAAGGAGUUAUGAUUUUGCCUAUUAGGUGUUUGAUUAAUUGCUUGAAUCAAACUUUGAGGAAAUGUUUUGUUUUUGUUUUAAUUGUAAGGGAUCUAAGUGUUUAAUCUUGUUUGAAUUACAACUGAUUAGUUGACCAUUUUUUACUGUUUGAUUGAAUUAAUUCGAGCGAUAAAGGGCUGAAUGUUAGAACUUUGUGCUACUUGAGUUUGCACAUAAGGUGUUUGAUUGAUUGCUUGGAUGAAAUUCUGAGGAAAUUGUGGAUAAAGAGACCUGAUUUGUUGACCCUUUUUAGUGUCUGAUUGAAUUGAUUUAGAGGGAAAGAGGGUUAAAUUGUUGGAUUUUGUGUUUGCACAUAAGGUGUUUGAUGAAUUGUUUGAAUGAAAUUCUGAGGAAAUUGUGGAUAAAGAGAACUGAUUUGUUGACCCUUUUUAGUGUUUGAUUAAAUUGAUUAGAAGGAAAGAGGGUUGAAUUUAAGAAUUUGUAGCUGGUUGGCGACUUUAUUUUUGCGCGUAGGGUGUUUGAUUGAUUGCUUGAAUGAGAUUUUGAGGAAGUUAUGGAUAAGGAAAUGGAUGUACUGAAUCAGAAAGUUGAUGAUGUUCCUGAGACUGUAAUCACUAUUAGAUUGGAUGAAGAUCGGGAGACUGAAAAAUCAAGAAUUGGCGGGGAACAGGGAAAUUCGGAUAAGAAGGGAAAUGGGUCGAAAGGGAAUGAGGAUUUGAAGAAAGGUGAUGAUUUUUCGUGUGUAAUCGAUGUGAAGUGUGAUGGGAAGUUGGGAGAGGAUUUUGAAGGGGAAAGCCAAAGGGUGUGUAGAAUUUCCCAUUUGAGUACAAAUGAAGCUGAAAAAUCAAGAAUUGGCGGUGAAGAGGGAAAUUCGGGUAUGAAGGGAAACGGAUCGGGUGGGAGUGAGGUGAAAGAGAAGGAUUUGAAGCGAGGUGUGGGAGAGGAUUUUGAUGGGGAUUGUCAAAGGGUGUGUAGAAUUUACGAUUUGAGUACAUAUGAAGCUAAAAAAUCAAGAAUUGGCGAUGAAGAGGGAAAUUCAGAUAUGAAGGGAAACGUGUCGGGAGGGAAUGAGGUGAAAGUGAAGGAAUUGAAAAAGGGUGAUGAUUUUUCGGCUGUAAUUGAUAUGAAGUGUGAUGGGAAAUUGGGAGAGGAUUUUGAAGGGGAAACCCAAAGGGUGUGUAGGAUUUGCCAUUUGAGUACAUAUGAAGCUGAUGAGAAAAAUUUGGUGGAUUUGAUUGAACUUGGUUGUGGUUGUAAAGGAGAGCUUGGAUUUGUGCAUUCUCAUUGUGCUGAGGCUUGGUUUAAGCUUAAAGGAAACAGAGUAUGUGAAAUUUGCGGGGAGGUUGCACAAAGUGUUACUGGUGUCAGUGAUAACAGAUUUAUUGAAGAGUGGAACGAUACGAGAUCUACUGCAAGUGGUACUGGUUCAACCGAAACGACUAGAGGUUGCUGGCGUGGGCAGCCAUUCUGUAACUUCUUAAUGGCGUGCCUGGUAAUAUCGUUUGUGUUGCCAUGGUUUUUCCGUGUAAGUAUGUUUUGAUGAGGUAAAAAGGGUAUAUAUAUUUACUUACUUCCUCAUUGAUUUGGCCAAAUUUCUUGCUGACUUACGAAUAUUUCGGACACUAAAUGAAGAAGGGCCAAUACUGUCAGCCAAUAUAGCCUUUUGCUGUGUAAAGUUUCAGCACAUGUUAUGAAUUUCUUCUUUUGCAUUUUAAUGGUUUUUAUAUUGCAGUUAGGAUAAUCUUCUUGCCCUUACUCCGUCAUUGAUUUCGGCAAAUUUCAUGCUGACAUAUGAAUAUUUCGGGUACUAAAUGAAGAAGGGCCAAUACUGUCAGCAAAUAUAGCCUUUGGCUGUAUAAAGCAUCAACAUAUGUUAUGAAUUUCUUCUUUUGCAUUUUAAUCGUUUUUAUAUUGCAGUUGGUAGUUUUAUUAA